AUGGCCGAACUCGACCGAAUGCCCCGCCUGGCACAAGUGUCCAACUGUCAGGAUCUAAAGAGAAAGGUCAAGUGCAUCCCUCAGGAUGACUCUAUUUGUGCUGGCUAUGAAGUAAGAAACACUUCCUGUCUUAGUCAGGAAAAUAUAGAUGACCCUUCAUCUGAUACAAAUAUCUCUGCGUUAACUCAACGCAUGGAAAGGGUUGAGUCUCUGCUGGAGUCUCUCAUGGGUAGCAUCAACCGAGGGGAAUCCACGUCAACACAAGAGUCUCGACCUGUUUUUGCAACUCCUUCUCGAUCCUCUCACUCUUUCACUUCCAAGAUGAAGACUCUACGCCGGCAAUUAGCUGGAAUGUUGCCUUGUCAAGCGGUGGUGGAUUAUGAGCUUCACUCGGAUGGAACUAACUUAUAUCCAAGGAACGCGUAUCUGUCUACUCUGCUCGGCCUCCCAUUCGCCACAGGCUCUACUGCUGUCCCUCUUGGCGAUGCCUGGAUGUCACCAGAAGACGAAGAUCAGACGCAUUCCUUCUCCACCACGCAACGAAUCAGUGGACAGCUCGAGUCCCUCGCCCAGCAGAUGUUGCCAUCUUGGCGGAAGAUCCCUGCCACCAUUCCCAACACUCGCACCAGGGAAGCCUCUGCCGUAUUCGAACGGGUGAUAUGCCAGAUCUGGCAUUUCGAACUGGCCACGCUGCUGCGUCUUUCCUUUAUGCUUCGAGCGGCCAGUGAUGCUCGAUACAAGCACUCGCGCAUCUCCUGCUUUGCUGCAAGUCGGGAGUUGAUCAAACGGUGGAUGGCUAUCCGGGCGAGCAGUGAUAUCCCGCUGCUCUUCUCCCAGCUUCUUGAAUUCCAGGCCUUCACUGCCGCCACCACUCUCCUGUUAGGGGUUUUAGGGGCCCCUAGAAUCACAGUCCAUGAUGCUUUACAGGACCACUGCCAGCUUGUAGAAGCGGUGGUUGAGAGAUUCGCUGCGCUCAAGCAGCAGGGAACUGCUCAGAGCAUUACCGUCAUCCGCACGCUGAAAAGGUUUCUCCAUGGAAAUGUAUCUGAAAGACUACGGUUGGAGAUUCCUUACUUUGGAGUCAUUAGCAUUGCUCGCAAUAGUGGCAACGUCCUACCAGAGCUCUUCAUUGCUCCCCAUGAAUGA